AUGGUCUCAGAGAACACAGUGAAUCUGGAAUGCUGCAGAAGCGACCGUGACAGCUACAUCAGGAUCGUGUGGGAAAACAUCAACCCUUCUCAGGCCUACAACUUCAACAAGCAGGACACCAACAACCUGAACACUCCCUAUGACUACGGCUCCAUCAUGCACUAUGACAAAACAGCCUUCUCCAUCAACGGGAGAGCCACGAUGGUCCCCAUCCCCAAAGCUAACGUCCAGAUCGGCCAGAGGCAGGGCUUGUCCUCCUGGGACAUCACAAGGAUCAAUAAGCUCUAUGGCUGCUAGAAACAACACAUCUUAUCUAACAUUCUCAUUUACAUUGGCACUUAUCAUGCCAAACGUAAAAGAUCAGUUUUUUCCCAUGGUUGUCGGAUGUAAUAUUACAACAACUACCUUUACUUUUUGAUUCACUUUCUGGGACUA